AUGCAUAAUCAUUUGGUUUCUUCAAUAUCAAAAUGCUCAGUAUAUAUAAGGCAAGCAUAAUUUAUGGUAACUUUAAACAGGCUAUUUAGAAUAGGGUAAAAAAUCAUAUGACACUGCAAUUCGAAGAGUGAUAGAUGAACUUUAUAAUUUAACUAUUAUUGUUAUUAUAGAAUUUAUAUUUAAACACUUCAUAUGA